UUCCAAAGCCUCCUUCAUCUCUCUAUUUCUGUCCCAUUCAAUUUAUUAGCGGACAAUCCCUCCUUUGUGCGCAGCAGCCUGCAUCAGAGCCAGUGAGGGGGUGGAGGCGGUGCUGAUGCUGCUGAAGCUGCUGAAGCUGAUGCUGCUGCUGCUGCUGGUGAAACCAGAGGCUCGUCGGUUGUAGCUGCUCGGACGUGUUGACGCGCAUUUCUGCUCCAUCUCCUCGAUUAAACCGGCAGCCUGGAGGGCAGAGCGCAGCAGCGGCAGGCGGAGGAAUGAGAGCAGCAUCUCCACCAUGCGCCCCACCGCAACCAGCAGCACCGCCACCUCCAUCAACACCACCACCAGCAGCAGAAAGCGUCCAUUUUACGCGAUUAUAUGAGCCCAUGAGCGCUUGUUUGUCCGAGCCCCGCAGACCGGCAGCAGCAGUGUGCAGUCCCGGCCAUGACUACAUGCUUGUAGGCCCCGACGCAGCUACGUACAGGGAAUGAAAACGCUCCCAAGAUGGUCCGCAUCGCCAAGGCCCUGGGUUUGGUUAUUCUUUGCGUCGCCGUGCUCAUCCUGUCGCUCAUCAGCUACGUGUCUCUGAGGAAAGACAGCCUCUUCGGCUCCUCUAAAUAUUACAUGGGAGGUCCGAGGAUUAUGUUCCACGCAGGCUUUCGGUCUCAGUUUGCCAUGAAUUUCCUGGACCCCUCCUUCAUCCCCUUAACUAACGCCCUGAACGAGGAGCUGCAAGGAAAACCGUCCAAAUGGAAGUUCAACAAGACGGCGUUUUAUCAGCAGAGGAAAGAUAUCUUCAGCUACAUCGACAUUCCCAACAACUUUUCCCUCACGAAGAACAGCGUGCGCGUCGGCCAGCUGAUGCACUUCGACUACUCCAGCCACAAAUACGUCUUCUCCAUCAGUAACAACUUCAAGUCCCUGCUUCCAGAAACCUCUCCCAUCCACAACAAGCACUACAGCAUGUGCGCUGUGGUGGGAAACAGCGGCAUCCUGACGGGCAGCCACUGCGGCCCGGAAAUCGACGAGGCCGACUUUGUCUUCCGCUGUAACUUCGCCCCCACCGAGGUCUACUCCAAGGACGUGGGCAAGAAGACCAACCUGACCACCUUCAACCCCAGCAUCUUGGAGAGGUACUACAACAACCUGCUGACCAUCCAAGACAGGAAUAAUUUCUUCCUCAACCUAAAGAAGCUAGAGGGAGCCAUCCUGUGGAUCCCUGCCUUCUUCCUUCAUACCUCAGCCACAGUAACCCGGACCCUGGUGGACUUCUUUGUGGAGCACAAGGGCCAGCUGAAGGUGGAGCUGGCAUGGCCGGGCAACAUCAUGCAUGAUGUCAACAAAUACUGGAAGACUAAAAACCUGUCUCCCAAACGUCUCAGCACUGGGAUCCUCAUGUACACGCUGGCCUCGGCCAUGUGCGACGAGAUCCACCUCUACGGCUUCUGGCCUUUCGGCUGGGACCCCAACACGGGCAAGGAGCUGCCUUACCACUACUACGACAAGAAAGGGACCAAAUUCACCACCAAGUGGCAGGAGACCCACCAGCUGCCCAGCGAGUUCAAGCUGCUCUACAAGCUGCACAGGGAAGGCGUGAUCAAACUCGGCCUGACGCACUGCUCUUAGACAUUCGGCGGGUGUUGAACGGUUCAAGAGGGGGCUCCAGAGACCGUGACCCGCAUCCAUCAGCUCAGUUCAAACUUCUGUUGUGACACACAUGAUAAGCAUGAUAAGUGUUAAGGCAAUUUAUUAUCAUUCUGCAUAUGCACACUCAUGUCUCGCUGUAAUUUCACGUGAAGAUGUCAGGCUCACUCGAGUUGUCAACCACAGCUUUGUUCUUCAUUUGACACAUUGUUGUGUUAGGUAACACAGUUAGGGUACAUUGAUGCUGCUCAGUUGCUUCCAUUACUCUCCUUUGCAUGGCUGCUGGCUGUGGCUAAACAGUUCAAACAGAACAAUUUUACCUGGAGUCCGCAGGGGAUUCAGCUGUGGGAACACAAACGGUCAAAUCUUCCAGUUCUGCUUAAUAUAGAUUGAUUAAUCACCUUUAGAACAGUAUACUGAUUCUGUACACUGAAAUCACUGCCUAAUCUCAGGGAAGGAGUUAGAUCAGUGUUUUUUUGUAAUCAGAUUCAAUGCCUCAAGAGAGGUGCAGUUCCUGUUUUCAGGCCUUUCCCCCCAUGAGGUGUCAGAAAAUCUGCACUGCUCUGGAAGAUGGUAUUUGUUUACAAGACUGUACUCUAUAUAAAUAUAUACACGUGUGUGUCUUUUGUUCUCUGUAGACAGUGCAACUGUCCACUUCAAAUUUUGUUGAGAUUCCUCAAAUUUUUGGAAUAAUAAUCAACAUUCCAACAAUAAGCCAUAAAUUCAUGGACAGACGAUUGUCAUUACAGAACAGAACAGCAGAAAGUGGUGUCGGCCUACAUUAGGUUCUGAGAAUAUAAGACAUUUCAAAUUCCAACAAGAUUACAAGCCUGUAGCCACACUAGCAGCAACAUUUAAGUCACAGAGUUCUGAUUUUCCAAAAAUAAGUACAAAAAAAGUACAAUUUUACAACAGUUAUGUUUCAAUAUCAGUAAUUGUAUUUUUUUUCAAGUUUAGCUAAUGAUGUACAAACUGAACAAGGGCAUUUUUUAAAUAUCUUCAUUACUUUAGAAAAUCAGAUUACUUAAAUGUAGAAAAACACAUGAUAGUCAAAAAGUGGGUCAAAUGACAGCUAUUUGUAAUGAAACACUAUGUUUGUGUGCAAAGUCUUUUCUACAAAUAAUAAUUGACUAAAAUGAGUAAAUUGGGACAUCAAGUCAUUGGUGAAACCCAAAUAUGCCAACUCCCAGAGCAAUUUGUACAACCACAGUUUUUACACAUAUUUUCUGUAUAUAAGUGACAAGCAAAAUAUCUUAAAUUUUAAUUAGUGAGCUUUAGAAUUUCUGAUAGUUGGAGUUUAUUACCUUCUGAAAGAGACAGGCUAGCAGUUUCCCUCAGUUUCUAGUCUUUAUGCUAAGCUAAAGGCUAAAACUUUUGAUUCUACUGAAAAAAAUAAACAAAGCAAAUAGGUAUUUUUCUUCAAAAUAAAAACUCAAUAUUGUUUUUCUUUUUUUCAAGUUGUGUUUUUUUUAGGGUGAAAUAGUUCACUAUCAGUAGCUAGUAUCCGAUUAUGUGAACCUACUCAACAUCAUUUGGUGUAAUGCUGGCAUAGAAUUUAUAAUUUGACUCACAUUGUUUUAUUUUUGUACAAUAUUGUGUUAAGUUACACAUCAACACAUCAUCUGUUCAGAUGUGUCAGAUUCCAUAUUAUCUGUGUUACCCCUUCAUCGAAAUGUCGGAUAUUAGCAACGUUGGACAGUUUUGUAGGUGAAAAUGUUUACAACAACUAAUAUUUAUUAAACUUCUAGCUUUGUGGUGGCCACAGGAAACACAACUUAGAGAAAAUUUAGCCAUUCAACCAGACAGUAACACACAAAGAAAGACUUUUUAUGUUGAAUUUGAUGUGAAAUAUCAUUUUUUGUGGCUUCUGUCAAAGUACUGUGUUGAAAUGUAUGUGACUCCAUGAAUGUUUUCUUUCAGAUCGAUUUAUUUGACAUAUUCACUGACUGUGACAUGAAUAAUGGACAUUUUUCUCCAAAACGUUUCUCGUCAUAAGAAAUCUGUUAGCUAGUAGCUAUCAGCGACACCAGGCUGGUUUUGAUUCGUGAUGUGUAAAUCUUCACUGAGUAAACACGAGCUUCCUAACGGUUUAAAGCGGCUACAGAAAACAAAACUUAAGAGACCUGAGGCUAACACACAAAGACCAUCUUGUGACCUAAAUCAUGCAGCUAGCGUGGCUAACAACAUCAGGAAAUACGACAUUUAGGACAGAAUUUCUUCGACUAAAAACUGAUCUUGAGGUUUACGGUCGUUUCAAUUUUAAAAACACUAAACAAGAGGAUACACUAUUUAUUAUAGAGAUUUUGUUGACUGGAGAAAAAUUAUUUAUUCAUCGUAUAUCAAUUUCAAUAUUUGGGCGUAAAACAGAAAUGAAUGAAUGUUAUAUUAUGUACUGCAUCUUGUAUAAAGAGCAUGGUCCAUUUAAAUGACAUUGCAUGUGAGGCACUAACAAAUCUUUUAGGCUAGUUUUAUACAACCUUUUUGAAGAUUGUUUUGAGGGUAAAAAUUUAGUUAUUUGCUAUUGUUUGUAUUCCUGGUGGUGUAUUCCUUAAGAAUACUGCCAGUGUCUUUGUAUGAGAUGUUUGAAGGCUACAAAAGAACCCUACUGCUAUAUUCCACAUGGGACCAAACCUCUACAGAUCAACUUAAAAUGAACAAGCUUUAUUUUUUAUAACUGUAGAUAAUCUUGGGUUCAUAAACGGUCUACUCGGUCAUGCCAGACUGAAGCAGGCUGGCUGAGGACGACUCGACCCAAACACUGAAAAGCUGGCCACAUGACCGUCUCAUGACUCUGCAACAUGUGCUCCCUGUUGCAGAAUCUGGCUUAGGCUGAGGUUGAAUACACAGAGCAAUGCAGUCAUUCACACUUGAGCAGAUGCAGUGUGCGUUUUUGUUCUCAUUCAGAUUUAGUGCGGGUGGCAUUUUACUUGCCAUCGUGUCUCACACAAAACGUUUUUCUGUCCGAUUCAAAGUUGUUAACUUGUGCAUCUCGUCUUCAAACCACAGUGCAGUCACAACCAUGAAAACACCAUUCCGGUGCAGAAGUUGAAACGCAGAAUUUUAGGUCAUGACGUCAUAGAUGUGCCAGUUUCAUUACUGUAGUCGCUUCAUUAGGAAUGUUUUGUAGGUACACCAAAGACAAUGAUAGAUUGAUGUGGGAUUUUGGAAGAUGUAUGACAACUAACAGAAAGCAUCGCUGUCAAGAGAAUACCUUUUUUUGAUGUUGAAUUUGAUGUUGAAUAUCAGUUUCUGUGGCUCCUGCCAAAGUAACGUGGUGGAAUUUAUUAUUGACUCUGUGAAUGUCCUCCUUCAGAUUGAUAUGUUUGAAAUGAACAUGAAUGCUGGACACUUUCCUUCUCCAAAACGUUUCUCCUAACGAUCAAAAUCAAUGUUCAGAAUGUGUGUAAAAGAUAACGAUGCUAACAAAGUCUGUGAGGAUUGUAAUUUCUGAUCAGAAUAAUGGUACAGCUUUUUGUGCAUUACAGUAACUUUCAAUGACCAGACAGUGAAAUGCAGAACCAUAAACAUAAAAUGUCUUUAUUCCAAAUUCAGCACUAUACAGGAUUCGUUCCAACAACCCUUUAACAUUCUUGUACCUGUGUUUCGGUCUGCAUGGUGACGUUGUUCCAUAAUGCAUAAAAAAGCUUGGCUGCUUAUGUACAUGUCGUAUAAAAGUCAUAAGUCAUGUAAGGGACUGUGCUAUCUUGGUUGUUCUAACAAAAGCGAUCAUCCAUGUGAGAAACCAUGUCUUAAAUGUUUUUUGAUUAUAUUCCAUGAUAAAUAUACAUUAUGUGCCUGCAUAUUCCUUCCAUCAAUGCCUCAACGUGUCAAAUAAAAACAGUAUUUUGCUCUGAUGUGA